AUGGCGGCCAGCACCAGCAGCGUCACCGCCAUGGAGGAGGAGGAGGGGGCCAGCGGUCGCCCCCUUCGUUUUGAAGACUUACUGCAUCGUGGAAUACGCGCCUCCACCGACGCCGUGAUCGCCUGGGGCCGCGACGGCAAGCUUCGCGGUCGUCGACCCCUUCGCCUUCUCGCGGAGCCUCCUCCCGAGAACUUCAGGCACAGCAACUUCUCCAGCUUCGUCCGGCAGCUCAACACUUAUGGGUUUCGGAAGGUGGAUCUGGGUCGGUGGCAGUUCGCGCACGCCUCGUUCCUGAGAGGACAGACGCAUCCGUUAGUGCAGAUGGUGCGGAGGAACAGCGGCUGUGGGAAGGAGGAGGAGGUUGAGGAGAGGGUGACGGCGGAGUUGGUGAGGCCGAUCCAGGAGCAGCGGAGGGUCGAGGAGAGAGUGGAGAGGAUGUGGAGGAGAGUGCAGGAGAUGGAGGCAGAUGCUGGCUUUCCUGGUCAACAUGGCUGGGGACUCCAAGCUGCUCAACGCGACCGAUGGACGGGAGAAGCGAGCUCGGUUUCGAUCGGACGACGACGAGAGGACGGUGGAGAUGGAAGAUGGAGCUGGUUCUUGGCAGCUCGAUGGCCUGGGGGUGGUGGUGGGAGAUGGAGUUUGGAGGGGUGGAGAACGGGUGUUAUGUUGCACAUCAGGUCUCCGGCACAUCGAUAG